CGGUUUGACACAUCUACUGUUAUACAGUUUAGCUUGAAACAUUCUAAGAUUAUAUGUACAGAAACAUUUGAAAAGACUGUACCAUAACUGUUAUAACAUACAUGAUUGAUGAUAUAUACAGACUAUGAUAGUUUAACAUGUUAUAAAAGAAGAAUAUUAAACUGUGGAAACUCCAAAAUCUAUACUGUCCACUGUAUUAGACUUGUGUCGUCUGCUUGGAUUUACUGUAGGCAGGUGAUGUCAAAUCGUCAUGCAAAUGCAUCGUGAACAAAAUAUAAGAAGAUAACAGAACGUAAAAUAUGAGAUAAAAUGAAUCAUCAAAGCGAAUUAGAGAACACAAAAUACAGAAACUGGGUCAGCGGUGGUCUGGCAUAUAAAUAUCUUAAAGAAGGUCUAGAAAGAUUUGCUGAAGAUGUGGUUGAAGAUGAACAUACCAGAAUCCUUAAAACUAUCAAACACACACUUGGACUCACCUGUAAUAAGUGCUGUCUCAGAAAUCUACGACCAUUACACAAAAGUGAGAGGAAUUCUGUUACUGGCAGAUAUACGUGUCCGUGGGAUCAGGCAAAUUGUAACUGUCUGUAUCCACAGAAGAAACCAUGCCCUAAUAAAGUAUGUGACGCAAUUAUGGAAGAAAUACUUAAAAGUCAUGGAUCUACACCGCCUGUACCAAACUGGAAGAAUACUGAUAUAAAGAAAUGGUGCACACGUCCAUGGGAAACUGCCAAAUGUUUCAUCAAGGCACCAGGAUAUUCAGACAAGACAAAGGCAGCGGAUAUUGACACUUCAGGGUUACUUCAUGUCUUUAUUAACAACAUCAAUAUCCAUUCACGCUUGUCAAGUAAUAUGUCUGGAAGAAACAUAUUUAUUAAGGUAUUUAUGUAUCAUAUGUGUUUGACAUUGAACUACAAAAGCAAUGAAUGA